AGUGUUCUUCCUGCUUGCUGUCCCAGGCAAGGAGAAAUCUAAGGAGACAGGAGUGUGCAGCUCAGAGCUAACUCUGCACUCUGAAAGCCCACCCUGUGCUCCCACACCACCCCCCAACCUCCUGUCAGCAUCGCAGCACAAGGCUGCUUCCAGGACUCCAGGACCAGGGAGAAGGAAGACUGAGGAGCACAGAACAUGAAUGUCCCCAAGGCCCUCCCAGCCUGGACUAAGAAGUCCAGUGGAGCAGACAGAGCCCAUGCUUCAGAUAAGCUCAAAGGAACAGAGAUGGCCAAUAGUGUCCAGCAGCAGCUGGCCCAAAACCUGCAGUUACUGAUGAAGGAGCAGCUGAAGUUGUUCCAGCAGUUGCUGCCUGACCAGAAUCUCCACAAGCAACCUCCUGGUGUGCCCACAACUCAGCCAGAGAAGGUGGAUAGCAUGGAGGUGGCCUCACGCCUGGUGGCUCAAUACGGGGAGCAGCAGGCCUGGGACGUGGCCCUGCAGACCUGGAAGCUGAUGGGCCUGAGCGAUCUGUGUGCCCGAGUCCCGAAAGAGGAAGCCUUGGAGUCAGGAAUCACAGAAAAAUACUCUAAAGAAAGUGGAGAGAUGCCCUGCCACACACAGUCAUGGAAAAAUGAGGAUUUCCAACAAAAAUUCACACAGCUGCUACUUCUACACAGAUCUAAACCCAGAGGCUAUGAUUUUCCACUCUGGAUGAGGAAACAUGAGGGUACAGAUGAUCAAAAACAUUUGAUUGAGGUCGGAGACCUAUUUGGCCCAGACCCAGGUACCCAGGAAGAGGCUCUCACAGUCGUACUGCAUGGGGUUGCUGGAAUUGGGAAGUCAACCCUGGCCAGGCAAGUGAGCAGAGCCUGGGAGGAAGGCAGGCUGUACAGGGACCGCUUCCAGCAUGUCUUCUACUUCAACUGCAGAGACCUGGCCCAGUCCAAGACAAUGAGUCUUGCUGAGCUCAUCUCCAAAGACUGGGCUGGCCCUGUAGCUCCCAUUGGACAGAUCCUGUCUCAGCCAGAGCAGCUGCUCUUCAUUCUUGAUAACUUGGAUGAACCAAAAUGGGACUUGAAGCAGCAUAGUUCUGAGUUCUGUCUGCACUGGAGCCAGCAGCAGCAGGUGCACACACUGCUGGGCAGUUUGCUGAAGAAAACCUUACUUCCUGGGGCUUCCCUGCUCAUCACAGCUCGGAUCACAGCUCUGGGGAAGUUCAUUCCUUCUUUAAAGCAGCCACGCUGGGUGGAGGUCCUGGGAUUCUCUGAGUCAGCCAGGAGGGACUAUUUCUACACAUACUUCACAGAUGAAAGCCAAGCAGUUAGAGCCUUCAACUCAGUCGAAUCAAACCCAGCACUCUUGUCCAUGUGUGUCAUGCCCUUGGUGUCCUGGCUGGUCUGCACUUGCCUGAAGCAGCAGAUGGAUCAGGGGCAAGAACUCUCACUGACCUGCCAGACGACCACUGCCCUCUGUCUGCACUACUUUUUCCACAUUCUCCAAGUUCAGUCCUUUGGGACUAAGCUAUGGGACUUCUGCUCUUUGGCUGCUAAGGGCACCCAGCAAGGAAAGACCUUGUUCAGCCCUGAGGACCUCAGAGAAAAUGGGUUAGAUGAGGACAUCACCUGCACUCUCUUAAAGAUGGGUGUUCUUCAGAAGCACCCCACCUUUCUGAGCUACAGCUUCAUGCACUUGUGUUUCCAGGAGUUCUUUACAGCAAUGUCCUGUGCUUUGGGGGAUAAGAAGUUAAUUAGCAUCAGAAGUAUGAAAGAGUUUAUAGGAGAAUAUGGGAUGGUUGGUGUGUUUGGGGAACCAAUCACAUGUUUUUUAUUUGGCCUUUUGAGUGAGCAGGGGAUGAGAGAGAUGGAGAGCAUCUUCAAAUGCCAGCUGUCUCAGGAGAGGCAUCACAAGCUGCUGCAGUUGGCCGAGAAGGAGGUCAAGCUCACACAGCAGAACCUACAACCAUAUUGUUGGCACUUGCUCCACUCUUUUUAUGAGUUUCAGAAUGCAAGUUUUCUGACAGCAAUAUCUGAUUUCUGUGGAAUGAGGAUAUGUGUCCAAACAGACCUGGAGCUCCUGGUGUCCGCUUUCUGCAUUAAACACAACCGGCUCGUGAAGAGGCUUCAACUGAAUGAGGGUGGACCUCACAGACAAGCACAAAGACCAUCAGGUGUAAUUGUGUCCAGCUUGAGCCCAUUUACAGAUGCCUGGUGGCAGAUUUUCUUCUCCAUUCUCAAAGUCCCUGGAAGCCUGAAUGAGAUGGACCUGAGAGGAACCUUCCUGAGCUGCUCUGCAGUACAGAGCCUCUGUGAGGCCCUGAAAUAUCCACUUUGCCACCUGGAGACACUGAGGUUGGCUAACUGCGGCCUCACAGCAGAGAGCUGCCAGGAACUGGCCUGUGGGCUGAGUGCCAACAGGAGCCUGACUGAGUUGGACCUGAGCUUCAACAAGAUUCUGGACACUGGGGCCCAGCACAUUUUCCAGAGGCUGAGAGUGUCCACUGCCAAACUGCAGCACCUGCUGCUGAUCAGAUGUGGCCUCACAUCUGGCUGCUGCCAGGACCUGGCCUCCAUGCUCAGUGACAGCCCCAGCCUGACAGAGCUGGACCUGCAGCAGAACGACCUGGGUGACCUGGGCAUGAAGCAGCUCUGUAAAAAGCUUGGGCAGCGCACCUGCCACCUCAGGCUGCUGAGGCUGGCUGACUGUGGCCUCACAGCAAAGGGCUGCCAGGACCUGGCCUGUGGGCUGAGCACCAACAGGAACCUGACUGAGCUGGACCUGAGCUUCAAUGAGCUGCUGGACAUCGGAGCCCAGCACCUCUUCAGGAAGCUGAGAGUGUCCACCUGCAAGCUGCAGCGAUUGCUGCUGAUCAGAUGUGGCCUCACAUCUGGCUGCUGCCAGGACCUGGCCUCCAUGCUCAGUGACAGCCCCAGCCCCAGCCUGACAGAGCUGGACCUGAGGAAGAACAACCUGGGUGACCUUGGCAUGAGGCUGCUGUGUAAAGGGCUUGGGCAGCCCACCUGCCAACUCAGGCUCCUGCGCGUGGAUGUGACCCAGCUGAGUAACAAGGUGAAAAAGAUGCUGAGGGACCUGAAGCAAAAUAAGCCUCAGGUUGAAGUUGAUCUACAGACAGGGACCACAGGAGGGAUACAGAGAGGUUGGAGGCAGAGACAGACUAAAGCAGGAGGAAGACAAAAACCCACAGGAGUCCUGGACCUGGAUCAGCCCAAGAGCGUUCUGUAUCAUUCCCAGUACACUGGUGCAGCUUCUUCUGAGAUUUCAAGGAGUAUGAACCCCUCUGUGUCCAGGAGGAAAAGACUGAGUCUCCCUAAAGAGGCCCCGGGUAAAGGACAGAUGGAUGAUGACACAUCUCCACUCAAACGGCACAGAUCAGAAUCAGGGUCUGAAGAUGACUUCUGGGGCCCCGCAGGGCCUGUGACUCCAGAGGUGGUUGACAGAGGCAGGAGUCUGUACCGAGUUUGCUUCCCUGUGGCUGGCUCCUACCCUUGGCCCAACACAGGUCUCCACUUUGUGGUGAGGAGGCCAGUGACCAUUGAGAUUGAAUUCUGUGCCUGGAAAGAGUUCAUGAGCCGGAUUGUCCCACAGCACAGCUGGAUGGUGGCAGGGCCUCUGCUUGACAUCAAGGCUGAACCAGGAGCCGUGGCAGCUGUGUACCUCCCUCACUUUAUAGAUCUCCAAGGAGAAAAUAUGGACAUGUCCUGGUUCCAAGUGGCCCACAUGAAAGAGGAGGGGAUAGUCCUGGAAAAGCCAUCCAGGGUGGAGCCCCACUACGCAGUCCUGGAGAACCCCAGCUUCUCCCCCAUCGGAGUUCUACUGAGAAUUAUCCAUGCUGUCCUGCCCAUUCCCAUCACCUCCAAUGUACUGCUCUACCAUCACCUCCAGCAUGGGGAAGUGAUCUUCCACCUCUACCUGAUUCCCAAUGACUGCUCCAUUCGCAAGGCCAUAGAUGAUGAAGAAAACACCUUCCAGUUUGUGCGAAUACAUAAGCCACCCCCAAUGACACCGGUCUACAUGGGUUCCCGAUACACUGUGUCUGGUUCACAGGAGAUGGAAGUAAUCCCUCAGGAACUGGAGCUCUGCUAUCGGAACCCUGGGGAAGCCCAGCUCUUCUCUGAGUUACACGUUGGCCAUUUCAGAUCAAGUAUCAGGCUGUACCUAAGACACAAGGAAGAAGGAACUCUGGUGUGGGAGGCCUUGGUGAAGCCAGGAGACCUCAGACCUGAAACUUCUCUGGUCCCUGCACACCAUACAGAUGUCCCAGCUCAGCUGCACUUUGUGGACCAGCAUUGGAAGCAGCUGAUCACUCGAGUGACUUCGGUGGAAUCAGUCCUGGACAGGCUACAUGGACAGGUGCUGAGCGAUGAGCAGUAUCAGGAGGUGCAGGCUAAGCCCACCAAUAUACACAAGAUGAGGACGCUGUUCAACUUCAGGAACUCCUGGGACAAGGCAUGCAAAGAUCAACUCUACCAAGCACUAGAGGAUAUCCAUCCUCACCUAAUUAAGGAACUCCAGAAGAAGUAGGGCCAAGAAGGUGACUAGGGGGCUCCUCACCUGACUGUGAGUCCUGACUCCCUUGGCCGCUUUUUGGGUCUCCAUUUCCUCGCCUCUAAACAAAUAGGCCUCUGACCUGCCUUCUAUUAUCAAGUUAUGGAACGUCGGUGAUGCCUUUGCUGGGCAUUACAUGUCCAUGUCCAAGAUCUCCCCAUGGCCACCCAGACUGCCUCCCUUGGUUUCCAUAGACCAGAGGUCCAGGUGGGAUGGCAGCAUCUCAGGAAUGUGCAUGUGCAGCUGGCAGGACACCUGCAAACCUUGUAGAAGCCUCACCCAUGCUCCCCCUCCAGUGGCCACCACAGCCAGGCUGAGAGCCCUCUCGUACCACCCAGAUGCAGGGAGAAUUGAGGAGAAAAUGGAGCUGGUACCUCUGCUGGAGACACCAGGGGAAUGGACGUUUUGGCGGUUUUAAUAGCUUGUAAAUAGAGACAAAAACAGAUAUAUUUUUUACUUGUCAA